UCCCGCUUGUCUCUUUUCUUUUUUCCUCUCUUUCAACUCUUCCGGUUUCCCCAUUCGCUUUUUUAUUACGGCACAGGAUAGGACAGGUUGGAACACAAUACAGGCACGAUAUGAGGGCAUACGGAACUGGGAACAAUGAGGAUUUCCGGAAACGACCAAGUUUUCCAUGUUUUUUUUCUUGCAUUAUUUUGUUCGCGUUCUUUUUUUCUUGUCAUUUUCUGCUACAUUCAUGACCGAGGCGGCAUCGAUGCAAAAAGAAUAACACAUCUCACGACAACGAAACCGCAUCAAAUUCAUCCAUUAUCAUUACCCUGGGCCAGGCAAUUCGUCUACGAAAAACAUCAACAUCCACCAACAAGUCAACAUCAUCAUUAUGAUCAUAGAGCGCGUGCAGCCGCCGCUGCAGAAUACCCCAUGUUUCUCCAAUACCUAGUUCCUUUUUCAAGUUGUUCACUUUUGCGGUUCGGAACUAGUUUGCUUUGCUUUUGCACUCAUAGUCUCUCUUCCAGUUUUGCAUUUACGUCGAGUUAGGGUUUCACAAGCCAAUAGCUUGAUGAGUCAGUACGAAUUUAUUUUUUUGAAGGUGGGCAGUGUCCUGAUUUCUAGAAGGGACAAGAGAAUUAAUGUAGUUUUUGGC